UCCCCCAAGCAGAACUGGUAUUGAUUUGAGUUAUUCAGGGUUCACUUUGCUUUUAGGAGUAAACUGCGCUGGUCGCAGUUAAAAGAAGAAGAAUGACGACGCAGAGAUACCUAAUAGUCGCCGCAACACUACUUGCAGGCUUAAACGUACUGACAGCUCAGUUACCACCUAAACCUGCCGAUGCCUGUAAGUUCGAUAAUAUGACAACUGGCCUGCCUUGUGCCAAGGAGUGUCCGUGCUACAAGGAUAGAGCACCGGGGGAUUGUUUGUCUUUUGACGAGUUUGGAGCUUCACUAAUUUGCGUCAACAUCGAAUCCAAUGCAACUUUGGCCGCAGCAUUGAAUGAGACAAAUGAUGCCAAAGUAUUCGAGCCGUCAUCUGUGAUAGGCACCUGUUCCCGCUACGCUAAAUACCUGGACACCUGGGCAAAACUGACCGAUGCCAUGAAGCAGAAAAUCAUCGCCUUCUUCUCCGACCCUACAGACACCAGUAUCACGUAUCAAGAUGUAGACAAAAUGCCAAUCCAAGCCUUUGCUGCUAUCAACAAAACCUUGUGGCGUAGUAUUCUAAUGAAUGCACCAGACAGACUGAAGUUGUCCAUUCAAAUGAAAAUCAUGAUGAGCAAUGAUUGUGAGGUCCACAGCAUGCUCAAAGGCCUCAAUUUUACAGAUUUGUAUAAGAUUAGUGAAUCCAAAUAUGAAGUAGACUCUUCCAUCUUUGAAGAAGACUUCUGUAAGGCUAUUCUGCGCAACUGUUCUAAGGUGACUUUAGACAUGUGGCUGUUCCUUAAUAUCAGCGCCCCCAACUGCUUUAUCUACAUCACACCAGAAUGCUUUGGAAUCAAAGACUUUGGAAAUCACAGCUCAUAUGAUUACUGGAAUUACGAUAAACAAGGCAACAGCUCCGGACUGCCUUGCCCUCGUGAAUGUCCAUGUUAUCGGGGGGAACUUGCUGGUGAUCAGUUGGCUUAUGACAGUUAUGGGAUCCCACUGCCAUGUGCGAAGAUAGACAUGAACACCACCCUGUCAACAGCCAGGAAUGAAACCUCAAUGGCAAUGGUAUUCGAGGCUUCCUCUGUGAUGGGCACCUGUUCCCGCCUCGCCAAGUACCUUGACACAUGGGCAAGACUGACCGAUGCCAUGAAGCAGAAAAUCAUCGCCUUCUUCUCCGACCCCACAGACACCAGUAUCACGUAUCAAGAUGUCGACAAAAUGCCAAUCCAAGCCUUUGCUGCUAUCAACAAAACCUUGUGGCAUGGUAUUCUAAUGAAUGCACCAGACAGACUGAAGUUUUCCAUUCAAAUGAAGAUCAUGAUGAGCAAUGACUGUGAGGUCCACAGCAUGCUCAAGGGUCUCAAUUUUACAGAUUUGUAUAAGAUUAGUGAAUCUAAAGGUGAAGUAGACUCUUCCAUCUUUCAAGAAGACUUCUGUAAGGCUAUUCUGCGCAACUGUUCUAAGGUGACUUUAGACAUGUGGCUGUUCCUUAAUAUCAGCGCCCCCAACUGCUUUAUCUACAUCACACCAGAAUGCUUUGGAAUCAAAGACUUUGGAAAUCACAGCUCAUAUGAUUACUGGAAUUACGAUAAACAAGGCAACAGCUCCGGACUGCCUUGCCCUCGUGAAUGUCCAUGUUAUCGGGGGGAACUUGCUGCUGGUGAUCAGUUGGCUUAUGACAGUUAUGGGAUCCCACUGCCAUGUGCGAAGAUAGACAUGAACACCACCCUGUCAACAGCCAGGAAUGAAACCUCAAUGGCAAUGGUAUUCGAGGCUUCCUCUGUGAUGGGCACCUGUUCCCGCCUCGCCAAGUACCUUGACACAUGGGCAAGACUGACCGAUGCCAUGAAGCAGAAAAUCAUCGCCUUCUUCUCCGACCCCACAGACACCAGUAUCACGUAUCAAGAUGUCGACAAAAUGCCAAUCCAAGCCUUUGCUGCUAUCAACAAAACCUUGUGGCAUGGUAUUCUAAUGAAUGCACCAGACAGACUGAAGUUUUCCAUUCAAAUGAAGAUCAUGAUGAGCAAUGACUGUGAGGUCCACAGCAUGCUCAAAGGUCUCAAUUUUACAGAUUUGUAUAAGAUUAGUGAAUCUAAAGGUGAAGUAGACUCUUCCAUCUUUCAAGAAGACUUCUGUAAGGCUAUUCUGCGCAACUGUUCUAAGGUGACUUUAGACAUGUGGCUGUUCCUUAAUAUCAGCGCCCCCAACUGCUUUAUCUACAUCACACCAGAAUGCUUUGGAAUCAAAGACUUUGGAAAUCACAGCUCAUAUGAUUACUGGAAUUACGAUAAACAAGGCAACAGCUCCGGACUGCCUUGCCCUCGUGAAUGUCCAUGUUAUCGGGGGGAACUUGCUGCUGGUGAUCAGUUGGCUUAUGACAGUUAUGGGAUCCCACUGCCAUGUGCGAAGAUAGACAUGAACACCACCCUGUCAACAGCCAGGAAUGAAACCUCAAUGGCAAUGGUAUUCGAGGCUUCCUCUGUGAUGGGCACCUGUUCCCGCCUCGCCAAGUACCUUGACACAUGGGCAAGACUGACCGAUGCCAUGAAGCAGAAAAUCAUCGCCUUCUUCUCCGACCCCACAGACACCAGUAUCACGUAUCAAGAUGUCGACAAAAUGCCAAUCCAAGCCUUUGCUGCUAUCAACAAAACCUUGUGGCAUGGUAUUCUAAUGAAUGCACCAGACAGACUGAAGUUUUCCAUUCAAAUGAAGAUCAUGAUGAGCAAUGACUGUGAGGUCCACAGCAUGCUCAAAGGUCUCAAUUUUACAGAUUUGUAUAAGAUUAGUGAAUCUAAAGGUGAAGUAGACUCUUCCAUCUUUCAAGAAGACUUCUGUAAGGCUAUUCUGCGCAACUGUUCUAAGGUGACUUUAGACAUGUGGCUGUUCCUAAAUAUUAGUGCCCCCAACUGCUUUAUCUACAUCACACCAGAAUGCUUUGGGAUCAAAGACUUUGGAAAUCACAGCUCAUAUGAUUACUGGAAUUACGGCAACAGCUCCGGACUGCCUUGCCCUCGUGAAUGUCCAUGUUACCGGGGGGAACUUGCUGCUGGUGAUCAGUUGGCCUAUGACAGUUAUGGGAUCCCACUACCCUGUCCGAAGAUAGACACGAACAUCACCCUGUUAACAGCAAGGAGUGAGACCUCAAUGGCAAUGGUAUUUGAGGUUUCUUCUGUGAUGGGCACCUGUUCCCGCCUCGCCAAGUACCUUGAAGCAUGGGCAAGACUGACCGAUGUCAUGAAGCAGAAAAUCAUCGCCUUCUUCUCCGACCCUACAGACACAAGUAUCACGUAUCAAGAUGUAGACAAAAUGCCCAUCCAAGCCUUUGCUGCUAUCAACAAAACCUUGUGGCGCGGUAUUCUAAUGAAUGCACCAGACAGACUGAAGUUGUCCAUUCAAAUGAAGAUCAUGAUGAGCAAUGACUGUGAGGUCCACAGCAUGCUCAAAGGCCUCAAUUUUACAGAUUUGUAUAAGAUAAGUGAAUCUAAAGGUGAAGUAGACUCUACCAUUUUCCAAGAAGGCUUCUGUAAGGCUAUUCUUCGCAACUGCUCCAAGCUGACUCCAGACAUGUGGAUGUUCCUCAAUGCAUCUGCCUAUAGUUGCCUGCCUUAUGUACCUCAAGACUGUGCACAACCACAAGACAUGUUUUCAUCAUUAAGGAAUUCCACAGAUUUUAGUCGACCGCCUAUGAGUACCGACGGAAUGUCCCGUAGUUCUCCAUUGCCCAUGUUCUCUGGAAGUCCCACAUUCCCUCCAAGGUCUUCUGACGUUAUUUCGCGUAGUUCUCCUCUACCAAUGAUAUCGGGUAGCACUCCAUUCCGUACAAUGUCUUCUGACGGAAUACCGCGUAGUUCACCAUUACCAAUGAUAUCGGGUAGCACGCCAUUCCGUACAAUGUCUUCUGACGGUAUGUUAUCGAGGACUGGUCCUAUGCUUACAAGUCCACAAAGACCUCUACCUUCAGAUAGCCCUAGUCCUACAGGCCUGAUGAUGACCAGUUCUCCAAUGCCUAGUGGAAGUCUUCCACCUCCUCGUGAAAUCGUGGGCUCGAAUACAGGGGAGAUCCCACCCGCGGACUACUCUGUGGUUAUGUACAGUGGAUGUGAUGCUGGUGCGGAAGGUCUGAGGUGUCCCAGUAACUGUUCAGACUGCUACCAGGGCAAAUUGGCCACUGACUGUUAUUCUUAUGACAAGUAUGGCAACUUUUUAGGUUGUCGGACAUUUGCUGGAAAUGCUACUUUGAUGAGAGCUCUAAAUGAUACCACAGUCGCAAAAGUUUUUAACGCAACUGCAGAAAUUGGAACAUGCUCUAGACUUAAAAAGUACUUGCGUAAAUGGAUCAGUCUUGACAGCGUUACGAGGGAUAAAAGUAUCCAGUUCUUGAAAGACCCAAAGUCCGUGUCAGACGAGGACGUAGUUGACAAGAUCCCGGUGGAAGUCUUUGCAGUUGCAAAUAGAACCUUGCUUGACAACGUAACUCAGCAAGCGUCAAUCAAACAAAAGCUUUACCUAGCAACGACAUCUUACCUGUCAAGAAGUUGUGAAAUCCAGGACCAUCUCAAGUCAUUCGACCUAGAACAAUCAUACAAGGAUGCGUUACAAGCGGGUAACGUAGACGCCAGCUACUUCAAUACGUCUUUGUGUAAAGCAUAUAUGGCAGGCAAAUGCGACAUCUCCAUGAGUAAAUGGCGGUUUGCUUUAGAUAAUGCCCAGGAGUGUGUUUUGGAUAAAGCAGUAUGUCUGAAAGAUGUAAAAGACGCAACACUGGACAGUCUCUUCACUGUCACCUCAAUAAAACAACUGUGUAACAGGACUGACGUAGAAGCCACAGCCCAGGACCUCUUUAGGAGGCGCAUGAACUCCUACCUCGGCAAUAAGACCACAUUUGCCUGUGAUGCCGAUUUUCUGCAAGUCAUGAAAGUCUGUUCAUUGGACCCCAAGUUUGUGAUCAAGUUCUGCGAUCAAUCAAAGAUCCCCAUGUUUUCACCGUCAGAAGAGCACGCUGACGAAUGGAACAUUCUCAAAGCAGAGGCUCUGCAGAGCGCAAACACUGACUUCUCAUCGCUAGACAAAGCAACCCUUGUAUCGUAUUUACCCAUUUCCAAAUCGCUAAUGAAGACUCUCGAUAAAAGUACUCUGGAUAAGGUCAAGGAAGCCGUAUGUACUGAUGACGUAUUGGCAGGCGUAACGUUUAGCGAGGAUGACAUACGUGAUGUUCUGGAUGUAUUGCUUACGAAAGGAGUCUUAAACAAAACUACCGACAAAGCUUGUUUAGUGAAAUAUGCUCCAAUGGAAGUAGCAGACUUAAUGGAUGCGACUGAUUUAAGGAAUAACUAUGACAACGGAAAUCUGAAUGUCACAAAGCUCACUCAAACUCAGUCAAAAGAAAUUUGGGAGAUGGUCAAAACAGAGUUGACCUCUGACACUAAAAUCAAGGAGAACGCCGAAUUAAUUAUUCGUCACGGUCCCAGCACGUUGGACUCGCUGGGUAUCCCACUGACGAAAGACACAGCAAAGACGAUCCUAAAUGCCGUCAAAAACACCGACAAUAUCAACCCUGCCGUCAAAACGUCCGCCAUGAUGGCGUCUUACGAUGACUCGGACCCCGCAGAAUCAUUGAAGAUGAUCAUGUCUGCAUCGUCUGAGGAAAUGUUGAGCUUUUUUCCCAUUAAGAAAAUAAUGAGCAUUGCUCCAGCUAGCCUCACGGCCUUAUGUGGUUCAGCCUUGACUGCAGAUAUUCCAAAAAAGCUGGGUAAAGCCCUGAUGAACAAGUGCCAGGACGCAGGGACACAGCUGGAUCUGUCCACCGUCACCAAUCUCCUCCCUAUCAUCGGCUCGGCCCCCAAGGAACGCUUCGAUGCCAUCGACACCAACAGCGCCGACUGUGCCUCCAUCCUGUCCAAGAUCGCUGAGUCUACAUCUAUCACGGCGGAGAAGUAUGAGUACGUGUGCCAGAAGUUGCACACCUGUGUGUCCUCCUCCAAUCUGGACCUGUCGGACGCAUCCACACUCUCGGGCAACGCUCUAGCCUGCUUCAACAAAACCAUGUUAAAGACUCUUGGAGGAAGCUGUUCAGACAUCACAACAAAGAUUUGCUCAGCUGACUUCUCCAUCAUGGACGGAAAAUCAAGGAAAACAGACAUCAAAGAGUACGCUUUGGAAUGUCUGAGCGUGUCUAGCACCCUCACUGAGUCCUCCAUCGACAGCCUCGGGAACUGUGUGGAGCUGCUGGGAAGCACCGAGAUUUCUAAGAUGGACAAGUCUGCGACAAAGGCCGUCAUCAAAGCUCUGUCUGGGAGUGGGGACAGGUUCACGUGCUGGACGAUGGCUGAGAAAUUCAUGGCCAGAUACUCAGCAGUAAAAGGGAGCGACAUCAUAUCGGUCACAGAUAUCAUGGGCACUUUCAACGAUUGGACCGUUGGUCUACAAACCGCUGAUUUCUCAAGCCUGUCUGGUCUCUGCGACACCAUAUCUGCCAUCGGUAAAAGCUUUAAGAAGAGGGGCGCCUUGAAACGCAAACUGAAGAAGGCUGGCCUUUUGACGGAGUGUAGCGAGGACUAUGACGCCAUCAGAACAGAGAUCAAAGGUUACAUCAGCGCCGCUCUCCAGGCCUGCUCCGCCUCCAGGCGCAGGAAGAGGACCACAGCCUCCAUCACGUGUGCACAGUUGACUAGCAUGGGAACCUCUAUGCUGAGCUCACUGACCACAUCCCAGCUGUCCGGAAUCCAGGACACAGACUUCACCCAGUGUGCAAGUCUGCUGGGAAGUCCCACUGACUACAGUACAGAGCAAAAACAGGCCCUGGCUACAGUCGCCAAGCGAGCCACGGUGUACGGUGCCCCUAGCACGUGGUCAUCGGCCACCAUUCAGAGCCUCGGUUCCAUUAACCAGGGACUGACCUCCACAGAGCACAACACAAUGACCUUCACCUAUGACGACAUCGCUCAGCUUGGCGCGUUCUCAGAGUGGGAAGAUACUCAGAAAACCACCAUUUUCAGUAAAUGGACAAAAUCAAGUUCCAUUUCAACGAUCACAUCAUCUGAACUUCGUUCCCUGGGUCACAUGACUUGCGCCAUGACAACAAGUCAGAUACAGCAAAUUACCACGAGCGUUUACGAAGAUUCCGCGGAUAAAGUUGGUGAAGUGACAAGCUGUAGCGCCACACAGAUGGUAGAAUUCGCCAACCACGCCAAGACCGCGUACGGAUCCACUGUCUAUAACUGGACCACGGUUCAAAUCACCAACGUGGGAGUUCACAUCGGUGGCCUGAGCAAGACAGAGAUCGCCACGUUGACCGACACACAGAUAGACGAGAUCUUGGCCUCCCACAUCACUCUUAUUCCGUCCUCCGUAUUCUCUGGCUUCACUGCCACACAGCUGAGGAAUCUCAGCCCUGCUCAGGCCCAGGCCUCAACCACCACCCAGAGAUCCACCCUCAGCGCCUCACAGAUCUCGGCGCUGGAGGCUGCCGCCGGAGUAUCGUAUACCAGCUCUAGCGGAGUGGAGCGUUCGGUCCAAGUGUCAUGGCUGGUUUUAGCUUUGUCAGUGGUACUGAAGCUGAGCCUGUAAUGGGGAGACAACCCAUGUAGUAGUGAAACCAAAGAGAGACAACUGUGAUAUUAAUGUUAUAGACUAGACACCCGUGAUUUUUUUUUACUUAAAUUAUAAUUGUUGUAAAUUCGUCAUUUUAAAUCUAAAUAAAUUACAGACGGUGUCGGCA